AUGCUGUUCAAGCAUGCGACUUUGCAGUUUAAUAAUAUAUCCUGGGGAUAUGGCACCCAACAGGCCUAUUAUGUCAUGGUUGGGGAACUUCGUCUGUUGGAUGAAUCAUGGUCACCUAACUUGUAUAACCAAGGCGACCCACUGUACAGCAAAUAUGAGACAUUUGCUCAGAAAUCAUUGUGUCGCCUGUUCGGUUCCGAUGUGCAAUAUGUAAUCAUCAAUGGAUUCAGACCAGGUAGCAUCAUUGUAGAGUUUCAAAUUGUGUUUCGUCAAAAUGGAACUGUGAAUGGAACAACUGAAGACAAACAGUUGAAUGGGACGGUGAUUGAGAGUAGCGUAACCCAGUUACUUAGUACCAUUACCCAACUAGGCAAUACAACCAUCAUCUCAAAUGAGACAUCGGUGGUCCUUCUCGAGCCAAUGAUUCCCGAAGGCACAACGACAACCGAGUUGGAUGAAAUUGAAGUCCCUACGGGGAAUGACUGGACUCCUACAUGGUCAUCUAUAAACACGAUGCUACCUAUUACUGAAAGCACUAUGUCGGACACCAAUGAGCCAGUCAUGACAACUAGGCCCAAUGACAGGGAUGAACCGAAUACGAGUGAUGGCCCAAACACGACGAUUGAGGGAACUGAACAAAAUGGUGAUGUAACUCCUGCUGAUUCUGAAACUGAAUCAAGUACGGACAUUGCGUCUACAACAGGAUCUGCAUUAACAGCUAAGGUGGUUGCAACGGGCGCCGUCGUGUAUGCAACGACUCUAAUUCCAAGCGCAAAUGCCGGAGAAACAUCCACACUAGCAACAGACACUAGUAACACUUUAACUAUAGAAACAACAUCUACAAGUUCAACUGAUGGUCUUACGUCUGCAAGCAUACCUGAUGGACCGACGACUGCAAGUAAAACUGAUGGCCCGUUGAUUGCAAAUACAGCUGAUGGUUUUACGACAAGUACAACUGUUGGUUCGGCGACUGCAACCUCAACUGAUGGCCCAACUACUAGGACAGAUGGUCCAAUACCUGAAAGUAAAACUGGUGGUAGUCCUACAAUUGUAAGCUCAACUGAUGACCCAACGACUGCAAGUUCAACUGAUGGUCUCACGACUGCAAGUACAACAGAUAGUCAGAUGACUGCAAGUUCAACCGAUGCUUCAACAACUACAAAUACAACUGAUGGUCCAACUACCUCAAGAACAACUGACGGUCCAACGACCUCAAGAAUAACUGACGGUCCAACAACUGCAAGUACAACUGACGGUCAAACAACUGCAAGUACAACUGACAGUCAAACAACUGUAAUACAAACCGAUGUCCUAACAACUGCAAGACCAACUGAGGGUCAUACAACUGCAAGUACAACUGAUGGUCAUACAACUGCAAAGUCAACUGACGGUCCAACAACUGCAAGAACAACUGAUGGCCAUACAACUGCAAAGUCAACUGAAGGUCCAACCACUGCAAGUACAACUGACGGUCCAACAACUGCAAGUAAAACUAACGGUCCAACAACUGCAAGUAAAACUGACGGUCCAACAACUGCAAGAACAACUGAUGGUCAUACAACUGCAAGUACAACUGAUGGUCAUACAACUGCAAAGUCAACUGAAGGUCCAACAACUGCAAGAACAACUGAUGGUCAUACAACUGCAAAGUCAACUGAAGGUCCAACCACUGCAAGUGCAACUAACGGUCCAACAACUGCAAGAACAACUGAUGGUCAUACAACUGCAAAGUCAACUGAAGGUCCAACCACUGCAAGUACAACUAACGGUCCAACAACUGCAAGAACAACUGAUGGUCAUACAACUGCAAAGUCAACUGAAGGUCCAACCACUGCAAGUGCAACUAACGGUCCAACAACUGCAAGAACAACUGAUGGUCAUACAACUGCAAAGUCAACUGAAGGUCCAACCACUGCAAGUACAACUAACGGUCCAACAACUGCAAGAACAACUGAUGGUCAUACAACUGCAAAGUCAACUGAAGGUCCAACCACUGCAAGUACAACUGACGGUCCAACAACUGCAAGUACAACUGACGGUCCAACCACUGCAAGUACAACUGACGGUCCAACAACUGCAAGUACAACUGACGGUCCAACAACUGCAAAUACAACUGACGGUCCAACAACUGCAAGAACAACUGAUGGUCAUACAACUGCAAAGUCAUCUGAAGGUCCAACCACUGCAAGUACAACUGACGGUCCAACAACUGCAAGUACAACUGAUGGUACAGCGACUGCAAAUCCAACUGACGGUCCCCUGACUACAAGUGCCACUGAUGGUCCAAUAACUUUAAGCCAAACUUAUGGUCCAACAGAUGCAAGUAGGACUGACAGUCUAACAACUGCGAACCCAACUGAUGAUCCAUCGACUGCAAGACCAACUGAUGGUCUAACAACUGGAAGCACUACUGAUGGUCAUACAACUGCAAAUCCAACUGAAGGUCCAACCACUGCAAGUGCAACUGACGGUCAUACAACUGCAAAGUCAACUGAAGGUCCAACCACUGCAAGUACAACUGACGGUCAUACAACUGCAAAGUCAACUGAAGGUCCAACCACUGCAAGUACAACUGAUGGUCAUACAACUGAAAAGUCAACUGAAGGUCCAACCACUGCAAGUACAACUGACGGUCCAACAACUGCAAGUACAACUGAUAGUAUAACAACUGCAAGUACAACUGAUGGUCAUACAACUGCAAAUUCAACUGAAGGUCCAACCACUGCAAGUACAACUGACGGUCCAACAACUGCAAGUACAACUGAUAGUAUAACAACUGCAAGUACAACUGAUGGUCAUACAACUGCAAAGUCAACUGAAGGUCCAACAACUGCAAGUACAACUGACGUUCCAACAACUGCAAGUACAACUGAUAGUAUAACAACUGCAAGUACAACUGAUGGUCAUACAACUGCAAAUUCAACUAAAGGUCCGACCACUGCAAGUACAACUGACGGUCCAACAACUGCAAGUACAACUGAUGGUACAACGACUGCAAGUACAACUGACGGUCCAACAACUGCAAGUACAACUGAAGAUACAACGACUGCAAGUACAACUGAUGGUCAUUCAACUGCAAAGCCAACUGAUGAACCGACGACUGCAAGUAUAUCUGAUCGCUGGACUACUGCAAACCCAACUGACGGUCCAACAACUGCAACUAUAACCGCUGGUCCAACCACUGCAAGUACAACCGAUGGUCUAACAACUGCAAGCCCAACUGAUAGUCCAACAGCUGCAAAUAUAACUGAUGGAUCAACCGCUGCAAGUAAAACUGACGGUCCAACAGAUAGUGUAACAAUUGCAACUCCAACUGAUAGUCCAAAUACUGCAAGCCCAACUGACGGUCUAACAACUGCAAGAACAAAUGACGAUCCAACAACGGCGAACCCAACUUAUGGUCCAUCGACUACAAGUGCAACUAAUGGUGCAACAUCUGCAAGCCAAACUGAUGCUCCGUUUAUUGCUAAUAGAAUUGAUGGUCUAACGACUGCAAGUAGAACUGAUGCUCUAACAGCUGCAAACCCAACUGUUGGUUCAACGACUGCAAGCCCAACUGAUGGCCAAACAACUGCACAUACCACUGAUAGUAUUACGAGUACAAAUGAUGAUCGUACAACAGCAAUUACAACUGAUAGUCCAAAGCCUAAAACUACAACGUAUGGUAGCACUACAAUUGUAAGCUCAAGUGAUGGUCCAACAACUGCAAUACUAACUGAUGGCCUAACAACAGUAAGCCCAACGUAUAGUUCAACAACUGCAGGGACAGCUGAUGGUCCAACAACUGCAGGUAUAACUGAUGGUCCGACAUCUGCAAGUCCAACUGAUGGUCAAACGACUCCAAGGACAGCUGAUGAUCCAACAUCUGUGAGCUCUACUGAUGGUCUAAUGACUGCAGGGUCAACUUAUGGUCCAACAAUUGCAAGUACGACUAAUGGAAGAACAACUGUUGAACCGACGACUACAAACCCAACUGAUGGUCCAAUCACUGUGAGCCAAACUGAUGGUUCAACAAAUGCUAGUACGACAGAUAGCUCUUCAACUGCAAGUACAUCCAAUGGACCAACAACUGCAAGACCAACUGAUGGUCCUAUUACUGUGAGUUCAAUUGAUGAAACCACGAUAAGUACAACUGUUGGCCCAACGACUUCAAGUAAAAGUGAUGGUCAAACAAUUGCAAGCUCAACUAAUGGUCAAACAGCUGCAAACCCAAAUGAUAGUCCAACAACUGCACAUACCACUGAUGGUAUUACGACAACGAGUACAAAUGAUGACCCUACAACAGCAAGUACAAUUGAUAGACCAAAGCCUAAAAGUACAAUUGUAAGCUCAACUGAUGGUCCAACAACUGCAAUCCCAACUGAUGGUCAAAGGGCUGCAAGUACAACUGAUGGCUUAACAACUGCAAUGACAACUGGCGGUCCAGCGACUGGAAUCACAACUGGUGAUUUAACGACUGUAAGAACAAAUGUUGGACUAACAACUUCAAGUACAAGUGGUAGUCCAGGGAAUGUGGAUGCAAUUGAUGAAGUAACGAGUGGGAGUGCUUCUGAUGUUCAAACGACCGCAAAUACAACUGAUGGCCAAACAGCAAUUACAACCGAUGGUGUAACAAGUGCAAGUUCCACUGGCGGUCAACUGACUACCAGAGAAACAGAUGGACUUAUGAAUGAAAACACAACUGCUCGUCCAACAACCGCAAAUGCAACUGAUGGUUUAACGAAUGCAAGUAUAACUGAUGGUAAAACAACUGCAAGCAAAACUGAUGGUAUAACGACUGCAAGCACACCUGAUGGUAUAACAACUGAAAGCACAACUGAUGGUAUAAUGACUGCAAGCACAACUGAUGGUAUAACGACUACAAGUGCAACUGAUGAUGGUCCAACUACUGUAGGUUCAAUUGAUGGUCUAACGACAGAAAGUUCAGCUGAUGGUCUAAUGACUACAAGUGUAACUGAUGUUAUAACGACUACAAGCAUAACCGGUGGUAUAACAACUGUAAGUGCAACUGAUGGUCUAACGACAGUAAGUUCAGCUGAUGGUCUAAUGACUACAAGUGUAACUGAUGUUAUAACGACUACAAGCACAACCGAUGGUAUAACAACUGUAAGUGCAACUGAUGGUCUAACGACAGCAAGUUCAGCUGAUGGUCUAAUGACUACAAUUGUAACUGAUGGUACAACGACUACAAGCACAACCGAUGGUAUAACAACUGUAAGUGCAACUGUUGGUCCAACGACAGUAAGUUCAGCUGAUGGUCUAAUGACUACAAGUGUAACUGAUGGUAUAACGACUGCAAGUGAAACUGAUGGUAUAACGACUGUAAGUGAAACUGAUGGCCUGACGACUGCUAGUGCAAAUGAUGGUCCAACGACUAUAAGUCCAACAGAUGGUUCAACGACUGCAAUUAUAACUGAUGGUCCGACGACUGCAAAUACAGCUGUUAGUUCGACGACUGCAAAUUCAGCUGAUGGUCUUACCACUGCAAGUACAACUGAUGAUUCAACAACUGCAACUAAAACUGAUGGUUCAACAACUGCAAGUACAACUGAUGGUCUAACGACUGUAUCUUUUGCGGAUGCCACUGAUAUUGGAGGUUGGUCAAGCCACGCUACAAAAACUGCUACAGAUGGUAUAUCAACCGUGACUGCUUAUACAAGAUCUUUAUCUGAUAAUGGCGUUGGUUCUACUUCUACAUCAACAGUGUCUGAUGGACUAACCACAGAUGGCAACUCUCCAUCAAGUGGGCCUAAGAGUGGUUCUUCAACAACUGUGCCUAAUGUAAUAACCACCGAAAAACAUACUACAUCACCUGUACCUGAUGGAGUAACCACAGAGAGUGUGUCUACAGCAACCUUGUCUGAUGGAAUAAUUACAGAGAGUGGCUCUACAGCAACUUUGUCUGAUGGAAUAACCACAGAGAGUGUUUCUACAUCAACUGUGUCUGAUGGAAUAACCACAGAGAGUGGUUCUACAUCAACUGUGUCUAAUGGAAUAACCACAGAGAGUGGUUCUACAUCAACUUUGUCUGAUGGAAUAACCACAGAGGGUGGUUCUACAUCAACUACGUCUGAUGGAAUAACCACAGAGAGUGGUUCUACAUCAACGUUGUCUGGUGGAAUAACCACAGAGAGUGACUUUUCAUCAACUUUUGCUCAUAGAGUAACCACAGGAAGUAGUUCUAGAUCGACUCUGUCUGAUGGAAUAAUCACAGAGGGUGGUUCUAUAUCAACUACGUCUGAUGGAAUACUCACAGAGAGUGAUUCUACAUCAACUACGUCUGAUCAAAUAAUCACAGAGAGUGGUUCUACAUCAACUACCCCUGAGAGAACAAUCACAGAGAGUGGUUCUCCAUCAACUACGUCUGAUGGAAUACUCACAGGGAGUGGUUCUACAUCAACUAUGUCUGAUGAAAUAAUCACAGAGAGUGGUUCUAUAUCAACUACGUCCGAUGGAAUAAUCACAGAGAGUGGUUCCACAUCAACUACGUCUGAUGGAAUAACCACAGAGAGUGGUUCCACACCAACUUUGUCUGAUGGAAUAACCACAGAGGGUGGUUCUACACCAACUGUGUCUGAUGGAAUGACCACAGAGAGCGGUUCUACACCAACUUUGUCUGAUGGAAUAACCACAGAGGGUGGUUCUACACUAACUGAGUCUGAUGGAAUAACCACAGAGGGUGGUUCUACACCAACUUUGUCUGAUGGAAUAACCACAGAGGGUGGUUCUACAGUAACUGAGUCUGAUGAUAUAACCACAGAAGGUGGUUCUACACCAACUGGGUUUGAUGGAAUAACCACAGAGAGUGGUUCUACACCAACUUUGUCUGAUGGAAUAACCACAGAGGGUGGUUCUACACUAACAAAGUCUGAUGGAAUAACCACAGAGAGUGGUUCUACACCACCUUUGUCUGAUGGAAUAACCACAGAGAGUGGUUCUUCAUCAACUUUGUCUGAUGGAAAAACCACCAAGGGUGGUCCUACACCAACUACGUCUAUUGAAAUAAUCACAGAGAGUGGUUCUAUAUCAACUACGUCCGAUGGAAUAAUCACAGAAAGUGGUUCCACAUCAACUACGUCGGAUGGAAUAACCACAGAGAGUGGUUCCACACCAACUUUGUCUGAUGGAAUAACCACAGAGGGUGGUUCUACACCAACUUUGUCUGAUGGAAUAAUCACAGAGAAUGGUUCUUCAUCAACUAUGUCUGGUGAAAUAACCACAGAGAGUGGUUCUACAGCAACUUUGUCUUAUGGAAUAAUCACAGAGGCUGGUUCUACAUCAACGUUGUCUGGUGGAAUAAUCACAGAGGGUGGUUCUACAUCAACCUUGUCUGAUGGAAUAACCACAGAGAGUGGUUCUACACCAACUUUGUCUGAUGGAAUAAUCACAGAGGGUGGUUCUACAUCAACCUUGUCUGAUGGAAUAACCACAGAGAGUGGUUCUACACCAACUUUGUCUGAUGGAAUAACCACAGAGAGUGGUUCUACAUCAACUUUGUCUGAUGGAAUAACCACAGAGAGUGGUUCUUCACCAACUUUGUCUGAUGGAAUAACCAUAGAGGGUGGUUCUACAUCAACAGUGUCUGAUGGAAUAACCACAGAGAGUGGUUCUUCAUCAACUUUGUCUGAUGGAAAAACCACCAAGGGUGGUCCUACACCAACUACGUCUAUUGAAAUAAUCACAGAGAGUGGUUCUAUAUCAACUACGUCCGAUGGAAUAACCACAGGGAGUGGUUCUACAUCAACUACGUCUGAUGGAAUAAUCACAGAGGGUGGCUCUACAUCAACUUUGUCUGAUGGAAUAAUCACAGAGAGUGCUUCUUCAUCGACUGCGUCUAAUGGAAUAACCACAGAGGGUGGUUCUACACUAACUGAGUCUGACGGAAUAACCACAGAGAGUGGUUCUACACCAACUUUGUCUGAUGGAAUAACCACAGAGGGUGGUUCUACACUAACUGAGUCUGAUGGAAUAACCACAGAGAGUGGUUCUACACCAACUUUGUCUGAUGGAAUAACCACAGAGGGUAGUUCUACACUAACUGAGACUGAUGGAAUAACCACAGAGAGUGGUUCUACACCAACUUUGUCUGAUGGAAUAACCACAGAGGGUGGCUCUUCCUCAACUGUUGCUUAUAGAAUAACCACAGGGAGUGGUUCAACACCAACUACGUCUGAUGGAACAAUCACAGAGAGUGGUUCUAUGUCAACUGUAUCUGAUCAAAUAACCACAGAGAGUGGUUCUACAUCAACUGUGUCAGAUAAGAUAACCUCCAAGAAGGAUUCUGCAUCAACUGUUUCUGAUGGAAUAACCACAGAGAGCGGCUCUUCACCAACUAUGUCUGAUGGAAUAACCACAGAGAGUGGUUCUAUAUCAACUGUGUUUGAUGGAAUAACCACAGAUAGUGGUUCUACAUCAACUGUGUCAGAUAAGAUAACCUCCAAGAAGGAUUCUACAUCAACUGUUUCUGAUGGAAUAAUCACAGAGAGUGGCUCUUCACCAACUGUGUCUGAUGGAAUAACCACAGGGAGCGGUUCUUCAUCAACUUUGUCUGAUGGAAUAACCACAGAGAGUGGUUCUUCAUCAACUGUGUCUGAUAGAAUAACCACAGAGAGCGGCUCUUCACCAACUGUGUCUGAUGGAAUAACCACAGAGAGUGGUUCUACAUCAACUGUGUCUGAUGGAAUAACCACAGAGAGCGGCUCUUCACCGACUGUGUCUGAUGGAAUAAACACAGAGAGUGGUUCUAGAUCAACAGUGUAUGAUAGAAUAACCACAGAGAGCGGCUCUUCACCAACUGUGUCUGAUGGAAUAGCCACAGAGAGUGGUUCUACAUCAACUAUGUCUGAUGGAAUAACCACAGAGAGCGGCUCUUCACCAACUGUGUCUGAUGGAAUAACCACAGAGAGUGGUUCUUCAUCAACGGUGUCUGAUGGAAUUACCACAGAGAGCGGCUCUUCACCAACUGUGUCUGAUGGAAAAACCACAGAGAGUGGUUCUACACUAACUGUGUCUGAUGGAAUAACCACAGAGAGCGGCUCUUCACCAACUGUGUUUGAUGGAAUAACCACGGAGAGUGGUUCUACAUCAACUGUUUCUGAUGAUAUAAUCACAAAGAUUGUUUCUACAUCAACUGUGUCCGAAGAAGAAACUACAGAAGGUGGUUCUACAUUCACUGUGUCUGAUGGAAUAACCACAGAUAGAGGUGUUACAUCUACCGGGUCUUUAAUUGAAGGUAAAUCUAAUAUGCUUGCUGUUACAUCGACAGCUACUGAUAAGUUAUUGACUGAUACAUCAACUUCAAAUGAUGGUACAUUGACAUUGACUGAUGGUUCAUCGACUUUGACUGAUAAUGCAUCGACUGCAACUGAUGUUGCAUGGACUGUAACUGACAGUAUAUCGAUUAUGUCUGGUGGUACAUCGACUACAACUGAUAAUACAGCUACUGUUCCUGAUGAUUCUUCGACUUCACCCAUUGGAACACAAACUGUUCUUGAUGGUACAUCAAAUGCCCCUGAUUACCAAAUUGUGUCUGACGUCACGACCCUUCCUUAUAUCACGACUAGUAAUGAUAUCACGUCUGAAUCUGACGCCAAGACUGCUCCUGAGAUCACAACUGAAUCUUACGUCACAACUGCUCCUGAUAUCGAAACUAAAUCUGAGCUCACAACUACUCCUGAUAUCAAGUCUGAAUCUGACUUCACGACUGUUCCUGGCAUAACAACUACAUCUGACGUAACAACCUUUCCUGAUAACACAAUUGUGUCUUAUGUCACAACUGAUAUUACGGCGGAACCUGAUGACACUUAUGUACCUGUUAUAACAACUGGAUCUGAUGUCAGAACUUCUGAUAUCACAACUGCAUCUAGUGUGAUGAUUACAGCUGAUAGUACAAUUGCAACUGAUGUCACGACAGUAUUCGAUGUCACAACUGUGCCUGAUAUCACACCUCUAUCUGACGUCACGGCUGAUUCUGAUGCCACAACUGCGUCUGAUUCCAAUACGGGAACUAGUACUACGGCCCCUAAAUCAGAGGGUACCACUCUCUAUAUACUGAUGCUUUUGAUUUCACUAUCAAUGCUUUCCCAUGCAUCUUUCAAUUUCAUUGCUUACGUCAUUACGAUCAUGCUUAUACUAACCUCAUCGCACAAAAAGUCGUUUGAGAAGAAACUGCAGUUGAAAUGUUCACUGAAAUAUAAAUAG